UUUAUAAAAUGUUGAAUUAUUUAUUAUUUAUAUUUUUAGAUUAUAAUUUAGUGACAUGAAUAUAAUUUUUAUAUAUUAAUUAUAUUUCUAUUUGAAAUCAAUUCAGUAUGUUUUAUAUAAUAAAUUGGAUAUACAUAUAAUAUACAUAUAUGAUAUACAAAAAUAUAUAUCUAAUGAUAAUAAAAGCAAAUCACUUUAUAUUAUUACGUGAAAGUUAGAAAUAUUAUUAUUAUUGGUCUGUCGUAAUUCAUCACGUGAUUUUUCAUUUUACACUGUUGUAGAUAAAAGAUAAUAAAGUGGGUCGUGAAUCGUGCAUUCGCAUAGUACUUUUAUAAAUAUUGAUAACAUUUUCAUAAUUUAGAUAUUAUACAAGUUGUUGAUUUCGUUAUAAAAACUUCAUUCAAUUAGUAUUGAAAAAAAAUAAUCAUCUACAAAUUGACAAAUGACAGAAAUUAAUAUGGCGGAUUCUACAUAUUUGAAUGGAAUAGAAUCUUGUUUCCAAAGGGGAAAUCAUACUUUGAAAGUACCCAUGUCUCUUUUCCAAAACAAUCGCAAGAGAUUAAUUGAACGUAUUAAAGCAAAUAAAAAAGUAUCAGACACAGGUACUUUCAUUAUUCUUGAAGGAGGAGUUGAAAUUCCAUUUAAUGAUACAGAUAUACAUUGGCCAUUUAGACAAGAAUCAUUUUUUCAAUGGUGUUUUGGUGUUGAAGAACCAGGAUGUUAUGGUGCUCUUGAUUUAUCAACAGAAACUGCCAUUUUAUUUGUGCCAAGAUUACCAGCAGAAUAUGCAAUUUGGGAAGGAAAAUUGCAUAAUCUAGAAGACUUUAGAAAACGAUAUGCAAUAGAUGAAACUUAUUAUACUGAUGAAAUAGCUAAUGUUUUAAAAUCAAAACAAGCAAUUCUUCUUUUAACUUUAAAUGGUCAAAACAGUGAUAGUGGUUUGCAGACAAAAGAGGCAAUUUUUGAUGGUAUUGACAAAUUUAAAGUAGACAAUAAAAUCUUAUAUCCAGAAAUAUGUGAAUGUCGAGUUAUAAAAUCUCCACAAGAAAUUGAGGUAUUGGAAUAUGUAAUUAAAAUAAGUUCAGAUGCUCACAAAUCUAUUAUGCAUAUGGUAAAACCAGGGCUUGCAGAAUUUCAAGUAGAAGCAGCUUUUAUGCAUUAUGUAUAUUCCAUGGGAGGUUGUAGACAUGUAUCUUACACUUGUAUAUGUGGAUCUGGACAUAAUGCUUCUAUAUUGCAUUAUGGACAUGCUGGUGCACCCAAUAAUAAAAUUAUGAAUGAUGGUGAUAUAUGCCUUUUCGACAUGGGUGGAAACUACUGUGGAUAUGCAGCUGAUAUUACAUGCAGUUUUCCAGUUAAUGGAAAAUUUACAGAAGAUCAAAAGAUGAUAUACAAUGCAGUAUUGGCUGCUCGUAAUUCAGUAAUGAAUGCUGCAAAGCCAAAUGUUGUUUGGACAGAUAUGCAUCUUUUAGCAAAUAAGACUAUGUUAGCUUCAUUAAAGAGUAAUGGUUUGUUAGUAGGCGAUGUUGAUGAAAUGAUAGAAGUAGGAUUGAAUGAAAUUUUCCAACCUCAUGGGCUUGGACAUUUUAUGGGAUUGGAUGUUCAUGAUGUUGGUGGAUAUCUUCCAGGACAUCCAGAACGUUCAUCGGCUCCAGGUCUAAGAAAAUUGAGAACUGGACGUGUUUUACAACCUGGUAUGGUUUUAACAAUUGAACCUGGUUGUUACUUUAUUGACUGUUUAUUAGAUGCGGCAUUGAAAAAUCCAAAUCAAUCAAAGUUUAUUGUUAUUGAAGAAUUAAAAAGAUUCCGUGGUUCGGGUGGUAUCAGGAUUGAAGAUGAUAUUCUUAUAACAGAAACUGGUGUAAAAAAUUUAACGGAUGUACCUCGCACUGUUGAAGAAAUAGAAAAAUGGAUGGCUAAAAAAAAUUAUGAAUGAAAUCAAUUAUCGACAAGGAAACUCAGUGAUAAAAAUCAAUGUGCGAAUAUUUAAUUAAGAAUUUUAUGUAAAGAAUCAUUAUUUACAUAUUGUUUAUAAGAUAUAAGAACAAUUGUGAUAUAAAAUUAUAAAAAUAUUUUUACAUGAAUUGUUUAUAAUAUAUAUAAUAAUAUAUAUAUAUAAUAUAUAUAUUUAUGUAUAUAUAAUAUAAAAUUUAAUUUUAAAUAAAUUUAAAUCAUUCCUUUACAAAUUGUAUAUAAAAAAAUAAAUAAAUAAAAAAAUAUUAUUUAUGAUAUGUUACAAAA